GCGGGAAAGUUUAGGGGGCCGCUCGAGGCCGGAGGCGGGCGGGCCGAGGAGGGAGCGUCGCCGGCCUCCGCCUCGGACCCCUCGCCUCCUCCAGCCGGGGCAGGGAGGGCGGAGGAGGAGAGGCGACCGACGAGGAAGGAGAAGUUCGGGGAGGGGGGCGCGGCCAGCGGGACCAGGGGCGUCCCCGCCUCGGCCCCACCGGGCAGGACCGGCCCUCGGGCCCCCUCACGAAGCCUCGUCCCGGCCUCUCCCGCUCUCCCCGGCGGCGCUCGAUCCUGCGGGGAAAAACCCGCCUCGACUCCCCGCUUCUUCCCGCAGACGCUCCUCGAAAAACUCCCCGACCUGCGAGACGACCCCGGCGUCGGGACUGGGGGGGGGGGAGGGUGGUCUCCCACCCCCUCGACCAACAACUUUUCCGGCCAGAUUUUUUUUCAGAAAGCACCAACUGGAAGGGAGGAAAAAAAAAAAAGAGAGCCGCCUGGAAGCUGCCGUCCAGUCGAAGGAACUUCCUCCGCGGGAGUUGUGUUGACAUUCCUCUGCGAGAGUUGUGUUAAAACACUUUAUUUGGGACUUGGGGGGGGGGGGGCGUCUGUGAAAAGGGGUUGUUUUUUAUUUUCCUAAAGAUGCCUGUCAGGAAACAAGAUACACAACGAGCUCUGCUCCUCCUGGAGGAAUACCGGUCCAAACUGAGCCAAACAGAGGACAGGCAGCUCAGAAAUUCAAUAGAGCGUGUCAUCAAUAUCUUCCAGAGCAAUCUCUUCCAGGCUUUAAUAGAUAUUCAAGAAUUUUAUGAAGUGACCUUAUUGGAUAAUCCGAAAUGUAUUGACCAUUCAAAGCCAUCUGAACCACUUGAACCUGUGAAUACCUGGGACUUUUCCAGCCUUCCAAGCACUACAGUAACUUCAGAUACACUGCCGAGCAGCCUUAGCCCUGGUCUGGAGAAAUACAAAUACCAGGAUGAAGAUACACCACCCCAGGAACAUAGCUCCCCACACAUUUCCAAUGAGGUUACAGGUCCUGAACUGGUUCACAUCUCUGAGAAGAACCUGUCAGAAAUCGAAAAUGUCCAUGGAUUUGUUUCACACUCUCAUAUUUCACCGUUGAAGGCAAAUCCUCCUCCAGUUUUGGUGAAUACUGACAGUUUGGAGACUCCAGCAUAUGUCAAUGGCACCGACGCAGAUUAUGAAUAUGAAGAAAUCACCCUUGAACGGGGAAAUUCAGGGCUCGGUUUUAGCAUUGCAGGAGGUACAGACAACCCACACAUCGGAGAUGAUUCAAGUAUUUUCAUUACAAAAAUCAUUGCCGGCGGAGCAGCCGCACAGGAUGGAAGAUUACGGGUUAAUGAUUGUAUAUUACGAGUAAAUGAAGUUGAUGUCCGGGAUGUAACACAUAGCAAAGCAGUUGAAGCUUUGAAAGAAGCAGGCUCUAUUGUGCGGUUGUACGUCAAAAGACGGAAACCAGUCACAGAAAAGAUAAUGGAGAUAAAGCUUGUAAAAGGUCCUAAAGGACUUGGAUUCAGUAUAGCUGGAGGAGUUGGAAAUCAGCAUAUUCCUGGGGAUAAUAGCAUCUAUGUGACCAAAAUUAUUGAAGGGGGUGCAGCACAUAAAGAUGGCAAACUGCAGAUUGGAGACAAACUUCUAGCCGUUAACAGCGUCUGCUUAGAAGAAGUUACUCAUGAAGAAGCAGUAACUGCUUUAAAAAACACAUCUGACUUUGUUUAUCUGAAAGUGGCUAAGCCCACAACCAUGUACAUGAAUGAUAGUUAUGCCCCACCAGAUAUCACCAAUUCUUAUUCUCAGCCUGUGGAUAACCAUGUCAGUCCAUCUACGUACCUGGGGCAAACACCAACGUCACCAUCCAGAUAUUCCCCAGUUUCCAAAGGGAUGCUUGGCGAUGAUGAAAUUACAAGGGAACCUCGAAAAGUUGUCCUUCACCGUGGAUCGACGGGCCUUGGUUUUAACAUCGUAGGAGGAGAAGAUGGAGAAGGGAUUUUUAUUUCUUUUAUCCUAGCUGGAGGCCCAGCUGAUCUCAGCGGAGAGCUAAGGAAAGGAGAUCGAAUUAUAUCGGUAAAUAGCGUUGACCUGAGAACCGCCACGCAUGAACAAGCAGCAGCGGCUUUAAAGAAUGCAGGCCAAGCAGUCACCAUCGUUGCGCAGUAUCGUCCUGAAGAAUACAGUCGGUUUGAAGCAAAAAUACAUGAUUUACGAGAGCAGAUGAUGAACAGUAGCAUCAGUUCAGGAUCAGGAUCUCUACGAACUAGCCAGAAGCGAUCUCUCUAUGUCAGAGCACUUUUCGAUUAUGACAAGACUAAAGACAGCGGCCUUCCCAGUCAGGGUUUGAACUUUAGAUUCGGGGACAUCCUUCAUGUCAUCAAUGCUUCUGACGAUGAAUGGUGGCAAGCCAGGCAGGUUACGCCAGAUGGUGAAAGUGAUGAAGUUGGAGUCAUUCCAAGCAAGCGCAGGGUUGAGAAGAAAGAACGAGCACGAUUAAAAACGGUGAAAUUCAAUUCCAAAACAAGAGGAGAUAAAGGGCAGUCAUUCAAUGACAAGCGUAAAAAGAACCUCUUUUCCCGAAAAUUUCCCUUCUACAAGAACAAGGACCAGAGUGAGCAGGAAACCAGUGAUGUUGACCAGCAUAUAACUUCUAAUGCCAGCGAUAGUGAAAGUAGUUACCGUGGUCAAGAAGAAUAUGUCUUGUCUUAUGAACCUGUGAAUCAGCAAGAAGUUAGUUAUACUCGACCAGUGAUCAUCUUGGGACCCAUGAAAGACCGAAUAAAUGACGAUCUGAUUUCAGAGUUCCCAGACAAAUUUGGUUCAUGUGUUCCACACACAACUAGACCAAAACGAGAUUAUGAGGUAGAUGGACGAGAUUAUCAUUUUGUCACCUCCCGCGAGCAGAUGGAGAAAGAUAUCCAGGAUCACAAGUUCAUAGAAGCCGGCCAGUACAACAAUCAUCUCUAUGGGACAAGCGUUCAGUCUGUGCGAGAAGUAGCAGAAAAGGGUAAACAUUGCAUUCUCGACGUGUCCGGGAAUGCCAUCAAGAGGUUGCAGAUUGCCCAGCUGUAUCCAAUCUCCGUUUUUAUUAAACCGAAAUCAGUGGAAAACAUUAUGGAAAUGAAUAAACGUCUACAAGAGGAACAAGCCAGGAAGACAUUUGAAAGAGCCAUGAAACUGGAACAAGAAUUUACUGAGCAUUUCACAGCUAUUGUACAGGGCGACACGCUGGAAGAAAUCUACAACCAAGUGAAGCAGAUCAUAGAAGAACAAUCCGGCUCUUACAUCUGGGUCCCAGCGAAGGAGAAGUUAUGAGGACGGACACCAUUUUUUCUCUACUUUUCCCAAUGCCAUUUACUUUGUUUGGUACCUCUUUGCUCCCUUACCCCUGGGGUCUGCCUUCAGUUCACACAUCAAGUUGGGUCACCCAUCCGUCACGUUCUGCAGUUCCUCUCAUCUUUAGCAUCUGGUAUCCCUUUCAGUUCAAUCGUUUCUGUCAUCGUGCAUCACCGUUGGUUUGUUGCCAUUUUUCCAAAAUGAAGGUGGAAUGGCCUGGCCAGCUAUUAAGGGUAUAGGGGGGUGGGGGGGAAUUGUGGAAAAUUCCUUAAUGUUUAAGGGAAAGUAACUUUCAGAGAUUUCCAGAAAAGCUUUAUAUACCUUCUUUUAAAAUUUCAUAACAAAAGUGGUCUUAUUCAGUUAUUUAGUAAUUUAUGAGCAACUUUGCACGCUUAACUUUAAUAGCAUGGUUUGGCCAACAUAGAGUUCCGGUUUUCGUUUUUGUUUUUCCUGAAUUCUCUUGUCACAUCAAAUAUGUUUCGUUACAGGCAGUGAAGGAAAAUCUUUAGUUUUUUAUUUCAAAAUUAACAUCUGGAUUAACAUUCAUAAUUUCAUGAGGGAUAUUCAUUUUCAUAAGGAUUAUUCUUAUAGUCUAUUUUUUCAUAUUUUUUGCCAACACAGUUGGCUAGGAAUAAUGAUAUUAAAUGUUUUUAAUCCUGCUCAUGCAGCACUAUUUACAAUGUCUUACAAAGUUGUUUAUAGAUAAUCAUCACAUUUUCUGAAUUGAGACCAUAUUUAGGUGCUAAGGGAACUCACCUUUUACACAUAAGGAUAACAAAAUUUCAUAGGCAAAAAAGACAAAACAGACAUCACAGUAGUGAUGCAGUGAUCAUUAUGGCAAUGGAAGAUGAGUGUGAUUCAUAGCCUGAAACUCAAAGUGUAUUCUUAGGGGUCAGAUUUUAAUGAAUAUUUUACCCACAAUAACUGCCUAUUUUGUUAUAAUAAGAUAUAUAUUAAACUUUCUUUAACUAAACUCUGUAACUAUGGGAAUUAUUUUCUUUACAUAGUUGCGCACACACACACACACACACAUAUAUAUAUAUGCAUAUAUAUAUAUAAAAUAUAUAUUUUUCUUUUACCACCUACUCCUAACUUUUUUGUUUCGUUUUGAGAAUAAAUAUAAAUUAGAAUUUAUCUUAAUCAUGUGAAAUGCAAAGUGGGGUCUGGUGACUGGGUAAAAACCAUCUGGGGCAAAUGGAUUGCAAGAAAAUGUAUGGGCAGGUUCUCCUCUUUUCCGCAAAUAGUUUCAAAACGUUUUCUUUUGUCCCCUUCCUUGCCCUCAUUCUCUUCUCCCUAUAUCAGUAGACCGAUCAGGGGCAAAAAUCCAUUUUUGUGUAUAUUUUCACCUCUAGACUGUAUAUGUGUCAUAUCUUAGGUGCUCUGCACUGGAGUUGCACAGGUCUGGUGCUGAGCUGUUCAAAGCAGUUGAGCAAAAUAUAGAACUGUCUUCAGGCAUACAUUUCUCCGAUCCUAAUAUUGUUGGUAUUUUGCCCAUUGCUUAUUUGGAAUUGAUUGUUUAUUAAAGACAUGUUUCGACGGCCUCCUCGUAACUGUUUAUAAACCAAAUCAACGCUGGUUUAUAAAGGAUUGUCCAAUGUUAUCCAUUCCAUUUGUCAGAAAGGGGAGAACAGCUAAUAAACUUUAUUGUAUGACA